AUUUGACAUAUGAAAUUCACAAAAUUUAAAAAUGUUCUUUGCAGUUCGACGCCUCUCACGCUGUCCCGCGAGAAGAAUCGUGCAGACUCGCUGGCUCUGUUCUGCGAGAAUCAUCAAAAAGUAUCCCUAUCUCAUUAAGGCUGUACAGGGUAGCUCCAAGGAUCCGCAUCAUCAGCCUGUGCAUCGGUUGGGUGGAAACAAUCGGUUCGGCGAGGACAGUUGGUUCAUCAGCAGCACGCCCAAGGCGGAGGUGAUGGGCGUGGCCGAUGGCGUGGGCGGGUGGCGUAAGGUGGGCAUCGAUGCCGGCAUCUUUGCCAAGGAGCUGAUGUACUGGUGCUCCAACAACGCACAGCGGGCCGAGUUCGAUGGCCGAAAUCCGCGACAGCUGCUCAUCGAUAGCUUCAACCAGAUGAGGACCACGUCGGCAGAUGUUUUGGGCAGCAGCACCGCCUGCCUGGUGGCUCUAAAGCGCUCCGACUGCACGCUGCACACCGCCAACCUAGGAGACAGUGGCUUCCUGGUCCUACGCAAUGGCAAAGUGGUGCUUCGUUCCGAUGAACAGCAUCAUGGAUUCAAUACGCCAUAUCAGUUGGCGAUGCCAUCAAGCGAGCGACAGAAUAACUCCCACAGCGAUGAACCCGAGCAGGCAAUCUCCAGCCACAUGCCACUGCAACAGGGCGAUCUCGUCCUGCUGGCCACCGAUGGCCUCUUCGACAAUGUGCCCGAGAGCAUGCUCGUGCGUCAUCUGGGACCUGUGCACGGCGAGACACAGAAGGAGCAACUGCAGCUGGUGGCCAACAAUCUGGUUGCACUGGCCAGCGAUCUCUCACUUAGUCCCAAUUUUCAAUCGCCAUUCGCCCUCAAGGCCAGAGCCAACAAUAUCAACUAUGGCCCUGGUGGAAAACCCGAUGACAUUACACUCAUCCUGGCCAGCGUCGCCGUACACAACAAAUAGUGAACGGAGCAACACGAAUGUCAACAACAGAAUGCAUCAAGUGUACACUCAGAGAAUUGUUUGUCCCUUUGUCCGUUUGUCAGUAGCUAAAUUUUUGUAUAAGUUUAUAAAUAUAAGAAUAAUUGAAGUAAAACAUAA